AUGAAUUGGGAUCCAACUCAAUGGCAACCAUUAAUUCAAGAUCGAUGUUUUUUAACCUGGCUUGUUAAAAUUCCUUCUGAACAAGAACAAUUACGUGCUCGACAAAUAACAGCACAAAUGAUAAAUCGUUUAGAAGAACUAUGGAAAGAAAAUCCUGAUGCAACUAUAGCUGAUCUUGAAAAACCUGGUAUUGAUGAAGAACCACAACAAUGUAGUUUAAGAUAUGAAGAUGCCUAUCAAUAUCAAAAUAUAUUUGGUCCAUUAGUUAAAAUGGAAGCUGAUGAUGAUAGAAAAAUUAAAGAAUCUCAAACACAAGAAAAUAUAUCUGUCCGAUGGGAUAUGGGUUUAAAUAAAAAACGUUUAGCUUAUUUUUGUUUACCAAAAGCAAAUGAAGAAAUGAGAUUAAUGCCAGGUGAUGAAUUACGUUUAAGAUAUGUUGGUGAUCAAAUGAAAUCAGCAUGGGCUGGUGUUGGACAUGUUGUUAAAGUUCCAAAUAAUUAUGGUGAAGAAGUUGGAAUUGAAUUAAAAAUAAGUUCAGGUGCACCAGUUGAAUUUAGUGCAAAUUUUGUAGUAGAAUUUGUUUGGAAAUCAACAUCAUUCGAUCGAAUGCAAGCAUCAUUAAAAACAUUUGCUGUCGAUGAAAACAGUGUUUCAGCUUAUUUAUAUCAUCGUUUAUUAGGUCAUGAAGUUGAAGAUUUAGUUAUGAAAGUAACAUUACCAAAACGUUUUUCAGCACCAGGUUUACCUGAAUUAAAUCAUUCACAAGUUUAUGCUGUUAAAACUGUUCUUCAACGUCCACUAAGUCUUAUUCAAGGUCCACCGGGAACAGGAAAAACUGUUACAUCAGCAACUAUUGUUUAUCAUCUUGUUAAACAAAAUCAGGGACAAGUACUUGUAUGUGCACCAAGUAAUAUUGCAGUUGAUCAAUUAACAGAAAAAAUUCAUAAAACUGGCUUAAAAGUUGUUCGUUUAUGUGCUAAAAGUCGUGAAGCUUUAGAUUCACCUGUAUCAUUUUUAGCAUUACACAAUCAAGUACGAAAUCUUGAAAGUGAACCUGAAUUAAAAAAAUUACAACAAUUAAAAGAUGAAACAGGUGAAUUAUCUUCGGCUGAUGAAAAACGUUAUCGAACAUUAAAACGUAAAUGUGAAAGUGAUUUACUUCGUAAUGCUGAUGUUAUUUGUUGUACAUGUGUUGGUUCGGGUGAUCCACGUUUAUCACAUGGUUAUCAAUUUCGUUCAAUACUUAUUGAUGAAUCAACACAAGCAACAGAACCUGAAUGUAUGGUUCCAGUUGUACUUGGUGCUAGACAACUUAUAUUAGUUGGUGAUCAUUGUCAAUUAGGACCUGUAGUUAUGAGUAAAAAAGCAGCAAAAGCUGGCCUUAGUCAAUCGUUAUUUGAACGUCUUGUCGUACUUGGUAUUCGUCCAAUUAGAUUACAAGUACAAUAUCGAAUGCAUCCAGCUUUAUCAGCAUUUCCAUCAAAUAUUUUUUAUGAAGGUUCACUUCAAAAUGGUGUAACAUCGUCUGAACGUACAAUAAAAGGUUUAGAUUUUCCAUGGAUUCAGUCGGAUAAACCAAUGUUUUUUCAUUGUUCCUUGGGUCAAGAAGAAAUUUCAAGUAGUGGUACAUCGUAUCUUAAUCGAACUGAAGCAAAUAUGGUUGAAAAAACUGCUACACGUUUACUUAAAGCCGGUAUAAAACCAGAACAAAUUGGUAUAAUAACACCUUAUGAAGGACAACGUGCUUUUAUUGUUCAACAUAUGCAAUACAGUGGUUCAUUAAACGAAAAAUUAUAUCAAGAUAUUGAAGUUGCUAGUGUUGAUGCAUUUCAAGGACGUGAAAAAGAUUUUAUUAUAUUAUCAUGUGUACGUGCUAAUGAACAUCAAGGUAUUGGAUUUUUAAAUGAUCCACGUCGUCUUAAUGUUGCAUUAACACGAGCAAAAUAUGGUAUCAUUAUAAUUGGUAAUCCAAAAGUUCUAUCACGUCAACCAUUAUGGAAUCAUUUAUUAACAUAUUAUAAAGAACAACAUGUACUUGUUGAAGGUCCAUUAAAUAAUCUUAAAGAAAGUGCUAUACAAUUUUCAAAACCAAAAAAACUUGUUAAUCCAACUAAUCCUGGUGGUCGAUUUAUGUCAAAUGCAAUGUUUUCAGCUAAAGAAGCUAUGAUUCCAGGUUCAAUCUAUGAUCGAACAUCUACAAUGGGUGAUAAACGUCAAAUGAAUGGACCAAUGUAUGGCAAUUCUUUUGGUUCAAAUCUUCGUACUCAUGAUCCAUUAAGUUAUAUUGAUACUGGAGCAAUGAGUGGUAUGUCUCAACCACCAAAUGGUCUUAAUUUACCAAUGCCACAUCAAAUGAUGAUGCCUGCUAUGCCAAUGCCAUAUAUGGGUGGACCACCACAAUUUAAUCCUAUGAUGAACGAUCGACAAAUGAAUAAUCAAACAACAGCAGCUAGAGGUGGUAGAGGAGGAGGAGGAGUUGGUGGAAGAGGAAAAAAUCCAUCUAAACCACCACGUUUUUCAAGAAAUAAUGCAACACAAUCACAAGAUAAUCCAAGUUUUACACAAGGUGGUACGAUAAGUCAACCAUAUCCAAUAUCACAAAGUGGUCUUAUGUCUCAACAUGCAUAUGGUCUUUCACAACAAGACUUUUCUCAACCUGAUAUGUAUGAUGUUUAUCAACCAUCACAGAAUGAACAUCAUCAAUUAUUAUCUCAAGAUUCAACAUAUGCUGAUCCAUCAGCUUUUAUUAAUUCCCAAGUAUCAAGUAAUACAAGUAUUAAUCCAAAUCAUAAAAGUGGUCAUUCACAUUUUUGA